GACAGGCGACAGCAGCCGAAUUGCCAGUCAGACGUCGAAUAUUGGUCGCCCGAGUGACUUGACAAUUGUUUAUCAAUCGAUACGCAAUAACUUCCAAACAAAGUGAAAUUAUUCAGUAUUUGUUUAGUACUGUGUAGGGAGAGAACCAAACUGGACCGCAGGAGAUAAAACGAAAACUUCAACAUGACAAACACUCUUGUGGUUUGUCUACUUGCACUCUUUUGUUGUACAGAUUUGUCGUUCGCGCGACAAGUACCAAAGGAGUGUGCUAAGGGCCCGUCAGUAUGGUGUCAGAGUCUCAAACGCGGCGCUGAGUGCGGGGCCGUGGGUCACUGUACAUCCACCGUGUGGGAGAAACAGACAGAGACAGUGUCACACAAUGACGUGUCCAACAAGUUCGUCAGACUCUUCAGACAGCUGAAGGAUGUCAGGGAACUUAUCAAUGAGGACUACCUGGCCUCCCGCGUGGCAUCGGAAUGCAAAGACUUGCCGUACCCAGGCGUCUCGAAGAUCUGCAAGGAGAAUACGGCAUACUUGCAACAGUACAUCAACCAUGUCCUGCAGUCGGAAACCUCGCCGGAGACCAUGUGCCGGCUCAUCGGCAUGUGUAACAACAUGAAGGUCGACAACAUUCUCAGCAUGGAUAAAAAGAAGCCAGUUGUGCCCAAAGUUAUCAAACACAAGGACCAUCUAUUGGGCAGCUCCCAGUGCACUUGGGGACCGUCUUAUUGGUGCAGCAAUUUCAGCACCGGCCGCGAAUGCAAGGCAAUCCACCACUGUGUGUCCAAAGUAUGGCCGAACAUGGACCUUCCUGAAGACACAGACAGCGUCUGCAAGAUCUGUACCGACAUGGUCCAGCAAGCCAGAGACCAACUGCAGAGUAACGAGACACAGGAAGAGUUGAAGGAGGUAUUCGAAGGAUCAUGCAAGCUGAUCCCAAUUAAAGUGGUGGCCUCUGAGUGUAUGAGAUUAGCUGAUGACUUCGUUCCUGAGCUGGUGGAGACCCUGGCUUCUCAAAUGAACCCUCAACAAGUCUGCUCCGUCGCUGGACUCUGCAACAGCGCAAGGAUUGAUGACAUGCUUGAUGAAUUUAACACCCAGCUGAACUUGCGUGUGGAAUGCAACCACUGCCAAAGUACAGUCGGCGUCCUGAGGAAGAAGUUCGAUGCUACCAGCUAUGAUGAUUUCCUUGUUGGAUUGCUGCAGAUGUGUGGCAAGAUGGACUCACUCUCGGAUUCAUGUUCGAUGUUAGUAUUCAAAUACUACGAGAACAUUCUAGAAGCUUUGAAGAAGGAUCUGAAUGGAGAAAGCGUGUGCCACCUCAGCGGACAAUGCACAUACAAGUACCAUCAACACGAUGAUUUCACUUUCCCUGACUUCACACCUACUGAUGAUGUCCCGUGCGAGCUGUGUGAGCAGUUGGUGAAGCACUUGCGUGAUGUCCUCGUCGCUAACACAACCGAGAUUGAGUUCUUCAAGGUAUUCAUAGGUAUCUGCAAACAGACUGGUAACUUCAAGGACGAAUGCCUUCACCUAGCUGAACAGUACUACCACACCAUCUACAAGUACUUAGUCGAGGAACUGAACUCUAAAGAAAUUUGCGCCAUGCUCGGUGUCUGUGGUAACAAAACUCAGAACGUGCCCAUCGCUCCUUUAGUGCCUGGAGAAAUAUCUGUUAAAGCCAAACUUAUUGGCGGCUAUGAUAUGGAUAAGAAACAAACUACUGAACAGCUGGCCCGUGUACCAAUCACCAAGCAAACGAACGUACGUGUGAUGCAGGAGAGCACGAGUGUCGGGCCACUGCCCAUAGAGCGCAUGUUUGUCUCCGUACCGCAGCCUCAGGGCAAGGCGGCUUGCUCAUUCUGCCAGUACUUCCUACACUAUCUGCAAGUCGAGAUUAGUGAUACUAGAACUGAGGACGAGAUCUUCCAAGCAGUGGACAAGGCUUGCGACAAGUUGCCGCAUUCAGUAAACGACGAGUGCAAGCAGUUCGUCACGCAGUACGGACCCGCCGUCGUAGCGCUACUCGUUCAGAGAAUUGAUCCUGCUACCAUUUGCCCAGCAUUAGGUAUCUGCCCACAAGUAGGUGAGGUCCGUCGCGUGGACAUUAACUCUGAGAAGUCGAACUGCCCUCUGUGCUUGUUCGCUGUGGAACAACUCGAGACCAUGCUCAAGAAUAACCGCACUGAGCAAAACAUCCGCAUCGCUCUGGACAAUCUAUGCACGCAUCUAUCAACAAAACUACGCACGGAAUGCGUCGACUUCGUAGACACGUACGCACCGCAAUUAAUCGAGAUGUUGGUUGCCAAUAUGGACGCGCAAGAGAUCUGUGUCUUCCUCAAACUGUGCAAGGAUGAGGUCAAGGAUCCUCUGAAGAUCACUCAGAACUCUAUUGACAAGUUCCACCAGAAACCUGAACUGAUGGCUGAUAGAAACAACUUUAGAGGAAAGUCUCUGUUGCCCACUACCAUGCUUGUCGCUACACACAAGGAUCAUGAUAUCGAAACGAACGAAAUCUUCGACAACACGGUGAAUGGCCGUGAAGUACGUCCGCCAGUGAAACAGAAGACAGUCUGCGUCAUCUGUGAGUUUGUGCUCAAGGAGAUUGAUGACCAGAUCAAGGACAAACACAAUGAGGACGAAGUGAAGCAUGUUAUUGAGAACGUAUGCAGGCGUAUGCCCAAAAACAUCCGCAGUGAAUGCGAGCAGUUCGUGGACAAGUACGCCGACAUGGUGAUCAGUUUGUUGGCGCAGGAACUCGACCCUGAACAGGUCUGCGAGGAACUCAAGCUUUGUGACAGGCCCAGCAUUGUAGCCGCUAAAGAGGAGAUUUUGGACUGCGCAGUGUGCGAGGCGGUAGUGAUGGCAGUGCGCAAGGUGCUCAGUAACGACAAGGUCGACCGCAACAUUGUGAACAUCGUAGAGAAGUCCUGCGAGUUAUUACCCGCCAAAUACAAUGAAAGGUGUCACUCGAUGAUGGAGAUUUACGGCGACAGUGUGAUCCACCUGAUUGAGGAGUUCGGCACGAAGGGAGUGUGCCAGAAGAUCGGUCUCUGCUCAUCGUCAGACGCAGCCUAUGUGCACAUGUACCGGGAGAAGAGAAACUAAAUGAACGCCGCCCUCUACAGCGGUGAUUUGCCGAUAUUCGUAAUCUCCUAAAUUAGUUUUACUUAAGUCAUGAUUCUUUUCUACCAAAUCCGCUUAGUGAUAAGUUUGAUUCAAUAUAAAACAAAAAAUGUUGUGACUAUUUUUGUGGUUAGAUAGUUUAGUGUUUUCAAUGUUAAGAGAAUUUAAAAAUAGAAUGUAUUUUUGUAUAAAUAAAAGUGACGCGGAGAAGUGUACUUAUUUGCGUUGUAAAUAGUCACAAUAGAGUUUUGUUUCGUGUUUCAUGUCGCUUCGAAAUCUCGUUUAGAAGCCACGUAAAGGAAAAUAUAUAUUCUAGAAUCAACUAUUGAUCUUGUAGAUCAAAAACAUCAAGCAUCUAAACGAUAUUCGAAGUGAACAUCAUUAUAAGUAUAUGUUUAGGAUUUUUUGUAAGUUAAAAGUAAUUCUUGAUUUUGUAAUCAUCAUAAAUAACCAAUACAAU